AUGAAGACCACCGUCCUCAUCUCGGCUCUGGCCGCAGGCGCCUACGCCUGGACCUACCCCGAUUGCGAGCAUGAUGGCUGCUACCGCAACCUCAUCGACCAACGCUACGCCGACGAGGCUCCGGGUUUCUGUAUCGGCUGGAUCGCUGGCACCACGACGGACGACGCGGCCGUUCCCACCCAGUACCGCAACUGCCCUGGCGUGUCGGCCCUCUCGUCGGCCUGCUCUUGCAUCGCUUACACGGCCACGCACACGUCGAGCACCCCGCCCCCGGCCACCAGCACCUCGACGCCGCCUCCGGUGACGAGCACCACGAUUCAGACGACGACUACGCCUCCUCCUGUCACUUCCUCCUCUACUACCAUCUCUACCACCACCGCUCCUCCCACUACCUCGUCUGAGACUCAAGUCACCACCAGCAGCUCGACGACGUCCUGCACCACCGAGACUGAGACGUCGACUCCUCCUCCCGUCAGCAGCAGCACCAAGACGGAGACUACUACUCCUCCUGUGUCUAGCAGCUCGUCCGUCGUCACCACCUCGUCUCCUCCCACCACGUCUUCCGAGUCUCAAGUCACUACCAGCACCCCGGUGACUACGCAGCCUCCCACAACCCGCUGGACAACGUCGACCUUUUACACCACUUCCACCCACACCAUCACUCAGUGCCCUCCCACCGUGACGGAGUGCCCGGCCUCGUCGACCAUUACUUUACUGACUGCCCGGCUUCGUCGACCGUUCGUCGUCACCUCGACCAUUUCUCUGUCGACCACCGUCUGCCCUGUGACCAGCACUGAGAUUCCUCCUCCUCCUCCUCCUCCUGGUUCUUCCACCGAGGUCCCCCCUCCUCCUGGUUCUACCCAGGUUCCGCCGCCUCCUCCGCCUCCUGGUUCUACCCAGGUUCCUCCUCCUCCUCCUGGCUCUACCCAGGUUCCUCCUCCUCCUGGCUCUACUCAUGUGCCUCCCCCCCCUCCUGGCUCUACCAAGGUUCCCCCUCCUCCUGGUUCUACCCAGGUUCCUCCUCCUCCUGGUUCUACCCAAGUUCCUCCUCCUCCCCUCCUCCUGGCUCCUCCUCCCCCUGGAUCUACCCAGGCCCCUCCUCCUCCCCAGUCCUCUGGCUGCCCCGCGGGCACCAAGCCCGGCCCCAACGGCCAGUGUGUCCCCGUCACCCCCCCCUCUAGCCAGGGUCCUCCCCCUCCUGCCAUCACCACCAGCACCCGCGUCCCCACGGUCCCUUCGACCGCGCCUCCCGUGGUCACUGCCGCCGCUGGCCGCUUUGGUGUCGAGGCCGCUUUCAUUGCCGUCGGUGUUGCUGCUGCUCUGUUCUAA